AUGGGGGACAAGAAAAAAGACAAGAAAGAUAAGAAAAAGGGAAAGAAGAAGAAAGGAGAGGAAGAUGAGGAGGAAGAUGACAAAGAAGAAGACGACGAAGAAGAAGAGGAUUCUAAAGGGAAGAAAAAAGACAAAAAGAAAGACAAAAAAGACAAAGAUAAGAAGAAAGAUAAAAAGAAGGAUAAAAAAGACAAGAAGAAGAAAAAGAAAGGUGAAGAGGAGGAGGAGGAGGAAAAGGAAGAGGUAGACAAGGAGGAAGAGGAGGAAGGGAGGAAGAGUGAAGAAGAAGAAGAAGAGGUAAUGACAAAUAUUGACUGUAGUUACAAAGCCACGUGA